AUGCACACUCCGGCGAGCCUCGACUUUUCGACCCCUGAUUCAAAGACGUCCCCAACGAGUAGGUACACAAAGAUCAAACAAAUUUGCAAAAACCAGCUGAGAUUCAUUGGACCUGGAUUGGUGGCGUCUGUGGCCUACUGUGACCCGGGGAAUUGGGCCACCGACUUAGGAGCAGGUUCUUCCCAUGGAUACGCACAUCUUUUCGUAAUCCUUUCCGCCUCGGUGAUGGCCAGUGUUUUGCAAGUUUUGGCCACUCGUCUAGGAUUCAUAACGGGUAAAGACUUGGCUCAACAUUGUAGGGAAAGGUUUUAUGACCGACCGAAACGAAAGCUUCUUUGGAGAUGGGGGGUAUUAUAUCCGCUUUACUUCUUGUGUGAAGGGGGGAUCAUUUUUACUGAUUUGGCAGAACUUUUGGGAUCUGCGAUAGCUCUGCACAUGCUUUUUCCUCGCCUACCUCUCUUUGUGGGGGUUUUAUUGACUUCGAUGGAUGUCUUUGUGGUUCUUGCCUUCUUCAGCUCAUAUCCGGAUGUCUCGAACAAGCACCGCAAAUCGAUGCAUUUCUUUGAGGUGUUUGUUGCGCUCCUGAUUUUCAUCGUCGUGAUCUUCUUCAUCAUUUUACUUGUCUCUGUCAAGCCUCAUUGGGGCGAUACUUUCGAGGGGUUUAUUCCCAAUCGGCGGAUGAUUGUCAACGGUGGAUUAUAUGUAUCGGUCAGCCUCAUCGGGGCAACUGUGAUGCCUCACUCUAUCUUCUUGGGGUCCAAAGUGGCCAUCCCUGAGCGCCUGCGUCCUAUUCCUGUGCAUCCAGGAAAUUCAAUGCCGGAAACUUCACAAAGCCUCCCUCUCGACGAAAUUGACAAACCUUUCGUUGGUGAACAUUUCAGUUCAAUUAACAAGCCACCUGACCUCGAAAGUCGAUGUGAACAUGACACUUGUAGCCUGGAAGCCACUGUGGUCUCUGUGAAGCGCACCAAAGCUCAUCUUGCACAUGCCAGUUUUGACAUUGUCGCUUCUCUAUUUACCUUGGCUUUGCCUGUCAAUGCAUCGAUAUUGAUAGUGGCAUCCGCAACCUUCUACUACGGCUCUGAUUCUAGUGUUACGAAGAACGAAUCACUCGAUCUUCAAUCCGCUUAUGACCUUCUUGGAAGUCAAGUUGGACCGAUGGCGGGUUACCUUUUUGCUAUUGCACUUCUGAUUGCAGGGCAAGCGGCUUCGAUUACCGUUACCCUAGCCGGUCAAAUUGUUUCGGAGGGCUUUUUAAACUGGCGCACACGGCCCGUAAUUCGGCGAUUGAUCACAAGGAUGAUUGGAAUCGUACCAUCUGCAGUUGUGGCGGGGGCUGCCGGCCUUCAAGGCGUCGAUCACUUGCUGGUUGGAAGUCAAGUCGGUUUGAGUCUUGUGCUGCCUUUUGUUUUGGCUCCACUUAUCAUAUUUACUUCCGAUUCGGAAAUCAUGCGCGUGAAGGGCCACAAGACCGAAUUAGUCAGAAUCAAACCAAAUCAAACCCGUUCUGAUUUUGAAGUUCCGGAGAGAAUUUUGCCCUACCAAGAAAGAAACAAACAGCACAUGAAAAAAGAAGUACUCGGCUCCGCGAUCGACCCAACGGUAUCCUUUGCGAACGGGCGCGUAAUGAAAAUCAUAACCUGGUUGAUUUUCGUUUUAUGUUCGGUCUCCAACAUAUACGCCAUCAUUCAAUUGUCUCAAGGUCAGCAAUGA